UUUUAACGCGACCACGUGGUCACUUACGCAUCCAUUACAGUUACGUCAUUAUAGACUACGUAUCCCUUUAAACUGCGUGCCGCAUCGAGCGCUCGGAUUGGGUGUUACGAUUCAAAACUCCAAGACCCGCCCACAUAUCUCCUCCUUAUUGGCUCAUUCGAUAAUCUAGCGCUCGGCUGUUAUUGGCUGAUCCCGCCCCCAGCGGGCGCUGCUCAUUGGCUGCUUUGGUUUUCCUUUGUGGUGGCAGUUCGUAUCCGGUUCGUGAGGAGCCUCAGAUACACAAAAAGGGAGAGGAUUUAAAGCUCGGACUCACAAAUGAUAUGUUUUUACACUCGGUGUAAAAGUGUCACAGAGCGUGUGUGUGUGUGGCGUGUGUGUGUGUGGCGUGGGAGCGGGACUUCAGUACAGUCAUUUCAGUGUGAACUGAGCUAACAGGCUAGCACGCUAACAAGCUAAAAGGCUAGCACGCUAACAAGCUAAUAGGCGAGCAGGCUAACAGGCUAGCUUAGUGUGUGUAUAAGUGAAAGUGAGGACUGUAGUGUGUGUGUGUGUGUGUGUGUGUGUGUGUGUGUGUGUGUGUGUGUGUGUGUGUGUGUGUGUGUGUGUGGGGCGGUGGUGAUGGCGAGCUCGGCCUUAUACGCCUGCACUAAGUGUAACCAGCGCUACCCGUUCGAGGAACUCUCUCAGGGACAGCAGCUCUGCAAGGAGUGUCGGAUCGCCCAUCCCAUAGUGAAGUGCACCUACUGUAGAACCGAGUUCCAACAGGAGAGCAAAACUAACACCAUUUGCAAGAAAUGUGCACAGAAUGUUAAACAGUUUGGAACACCAAAGCCAUGUCAGUACUGUAACAUCAUUGCUGCAUUCAUCGGGACAAAGUGUCAGCGCUGCACUAACUCUGAGAAGAAGUACGGCCCACCACAGACCUGUGAGCAGUGUAAACAGCAGUGUGCCUUCGACAGGAAGGAGGAGGGUCGGAGAAAGGUGGAUGGGAAGCUGCUCUGUUGGCUUUGCACACUGUCCUAUCGCCGUGUUUUACAGAAAACUAAAGAACAACGCAAAGGCCUUGGCUCCUCCCACUCCAACUCAUCAUCACUCAGCGAAAAGGAGCAUCGCCACCAUCACCGCCACAGCACCUCUCACAAGCUGAGUAGCAGUUUGAGUCCAGAGCAGGAGCAGCGUCUGUGGGAACAGAGCCAUAAGUCAGCAUCCAUUCAGAAGGAAACGCCAAAGAAGAAACCCAAACUGGAGCUGAAACCGUCCAAUGGAGACAGUUCUAUAGCUCAGUCGAUGGACUCAGGUGGGACAGAUAACUUCAUCCUUAUAAGUCAGCUGAAAGAGGAAGUGAUGUCACUGAAGAGGCUGCUGCAGCAGAGAGACCAGACCAUCUUGGAGAAGGACAGAAAGCUGACUGAGCUGAAGGCUGAUUUUCAGUAUCAGGAGUCGAACAUGCGGCUAAAGAUGAACAACAUGGAGAAAGCUCACAAAGAGGCCAUGGAGCAACAACAGGCAAAGAACAGGGAGUUGAUGAAACAGGUUGCUGCUCUCUCAAAAGGAAAGAAGCUUGACCGUACCAGCAGCUCCCUUUUGUUACCAUGACGACGACCUCUUGCCCACACAUGCCACGUCAUCACUGUGAGGACGCUUAGGCUCACAUACAACACCCCCCCCCAGCUCAAAAGAGCUGCCUGUGUAUCUCUACAUUACUAUCCACCUGUCUGUCUCAUUGCCCCUGUCUCCCUGUUCUCAUCUCCUGUCUGUCUCUUACCCCAACAAGUGGCCUGACCCCGUUUGCUCUCCCCCCUCUCUGGAUCUACUGUCUCUCUCCUGAUGAUGUCACUGAUGAUGUCACACAUGCAGCUUUGCUCCUGUUAGGUGACUCUGAUCCUAGGGGCUGUGCUAUGGACAAACAUGGCCACCGAACCUGCAGGAUGCGCACACACACACACACACACACCAUAUGUCUGUCUGCAGAGGGUGACUGUAAAGACGUCUGUCCCGCUGCCUGCCUACCUGUGUACGGUGGGCUUUUACUCACAACAAUGAUGAGGAUUUUAUUAUUCUGUGUGAAAGAGAAUUGUUAUUCACAUUAUAGGAAUCUUUCUCUCUUUCUAUCUCUCUCUCUAUUAUAAGUCUUUGUACUGUGACACUUUUGUAUUUUUUAUUUUGUCCUCCAGACUGGACAUUUCAGGAACAAUAAAUCUUCAAAAACG